AUGAACGGCAAUGCGUUCCUCGCCCCGAUCGACACGGCGCGUAGCAACCUGAGAGUGCUCGACAGCGCUGCAAAAUCGGUUCCCGGACCCGCCGCGCCCAGGCAUCGGCCUCCAGGUCCAGGACAUCAGAGCGCCGUGGCCGGAAGCCUGGAAGCGCACUUUCGACUACGUGCACCAGACGCUCGUCCUAUUCCAGGAGGCACGAAGUGGGAUUUCGCGAGGGAUAUCGAGGGCUUGGUAAGGGAGACCGGCUUUGCGGAGGUGACGAGCGCGUUGCUGCGUGUGUGUAUUGGGCCGAAGCAUAAAGGCCCGAUGCAGAGGGAUAUGAGUAUGGAAGGCAUGGUGGGAGGGGCGAGGAAUAUUGCUACGGCUAUCUACUUCAUGCCUAUUUUCUGCGGCUGCGACAUCUAG